CGCUGGUUUCCGGUGGGAUGGCCUCAGUGUUUGCUGGGCACACAUGCGAGGUAGGAGGAUGAAAUGAGACAAUCCGGCUGCCACCGUGAGAUCAGGUUUAGAAUGGAUCCCGAAUGUGAGCAUCGUCUCCUCCAGCAGAUCAACAUAGAAAAUGACAACCUCAGCCCACCAGCUAAACUACCACUGCAGAGUCGAACACCCAGCGGCUCACCUUUAUCUUCACCCAGUCAGCUUGGAGACAGAUUUAUUCCCACCAGAGUGGGAGCCAACUAUAUCAACUUCCACAGAAACGGUGAAAAUGAGAAGUCACCAAGUGAGAACAAAACAAAAGAAGCGUCUUCUGACAGUAUCAAAGCAGACAGACUGGCCUACUCUGCCUUACUGAAGAAUGAGCUGCUGGGAGCAGGAAUAAAAAAGAUCCUGGACCCCCAGACUGAGGACAGACGUCUGCAGCCGACGACACCUGAGAAGAGGAGCCUCUUCACUUAUUCACUCAAGACCAGAAGAUCGUCGUCGGACUACACCACCAACAUCUCUCCUUACUCGCUAUCGUCUAUUAGCAACAAAAGUCGGAAGUUGUUGCGUUCACUGAGGAAGCCGACCCGCAAGAUCCCCCAGAUCCCCUUUAAGGUCCUGGAUGUUCCGGAGCUGCGGGACGAUUUCUACCUCAACCUGGUCGACUGGUCGCCUCUCAACGUGCUCUGCGUCGGUUUGGGCUCCUGUGUUUACCUGUGGAACGCCUGCACCAGCCAGAGAACACGCUUGUGUGAUCUGUCGGUGGAGGGAGACUCGGUCACGUCGGUCAGCUGGUCUGAACGGGGGAGCCUGGUGGCGGUCGGGACUCAGAGAGGAUCCGUUCAGAUCUGGGACGCUGGUGCUGGAAAGAAACUAUGUGCCUUAGAAGGACACAGAGCCAGAGUUGGAGCGCUGGCUUGGAACGCAGACCAGCUGUCGUCGGGAAGCGGCGACCGCAUGAUUCUUCAAAGAGACGUUCGGGCGCCUCCAAGGCAGUCGGAGCGGCGGCUGCAGGGCCACAGACAGGAAGUGUGCGGCUUGAAGUGGAGCACCGACCAUCAGAUGCUCGCUUCUGGAGGGAACGACAACAGGCUGCUGUUGUGGAACCACUCGUCGCUGAGCCCCGUGCAGAAGUAUGUGGACCACCUUGCCCCGGUCAAAGCCAUCGCCUGGUCGCCCCACCACCGCAGCCUGCUGGCGUCCGGCGGCGGCACGGCGGAUCGCUGCAUCCGCUUCUGGGACACGCUGACGUCGCAGCCGCUGCAGUGCAUGGACACCGGCUUCCAGGUGUCCAACCUGGCCUGGUCGAAGCACACUAACGAGCUGGUGAGCACCCACGGAUACUCUCAGACCGAGAUCCUGGUGUGGAAAUAUCCGGCUCUGACUCAGGUGGCCAAACUCACAGGAACCUCGUACAGAGUUUUCUACAUGGCCAUGUCCCCGGAUGGUGAAGUGAUAGUCACAGGAGCUGGAGGUGGGACUCUUCGAUUCUGGAACGUUUUCAGUAAAACGCGGUCAAUAAAGGAGCCUGUGUCGGUUUUAAACCUCUUCACCGGGAUACGAUAACUUUUACUGCUUGGAGCGCGUCCUGGUGUCUCCUCUGGACGACUCGUCAACACGGUGCUACAGACGGACAGUGCAAUCAGACGGACGGUGAAAUCAGACGACUCCGUCUCAAAUCUGCAAGCUUUUGCACAGUUAUUCUGAAUGUCUUUUUGUUUACUUUUUCAGAAAAAGUGGGUUGAUCUCCUUUUUUUUUUUUUUGUAUGCACAGUGAGAAAUUAUAAGCCUUAAAAGAAAUCUGGUGAUGUUCAUUUUUGUGGAAGCUGAAACAUGGACGGAACAGUUUUUUAUGAGUUUUUGUUUAUCUCAGGUAUAAUUUAUUGGACACGGUUGUUCUAUGAGGAACCGUUCAGAGCGUCAGUAUUAAUUCCUGUGGAGGAAAACGCCAUGUCUUACUCUGACUGAAAGAGAAACGCUAAACUUCAUCAGAUGAUUGCUGCUAUUGUGAUUCUUGGAGGGCUUACAGGGAGAGUGUGGCUGAAAUGAUGGUGUUCUUCUGUGGACAAUAAGUCUAAUGCCGUGCAUUCAGACGUUUUCUACAAUGUUGAAUCUUUGCAGAAAAGAAGAAAUAAAUGAUGGAGCAGCUGAACAA